AUGAGUGUAUCAGCAAAACAGGUGGACGGAGAAUAUUUCAAGGCCAACGUUGUACAAAAGUACACCGAUAUUGUUGGAGAAAAACUCGGUGGGAAAGUGCUUGCGUUUUCUGACGAAUGGUUUGCUGCAGCUGAAAACCUCAUCAAGCCAAAGGAACCAAUCAGAGAUGCUACGAGGUUUGUCUAUUCCGGUGCCUGGUAUGAUGGUUGGGAAACGAGAAGACACAAUACUGAAGAAUGCGACUGGGUGAUCUUUCAAAUGGGGGUAUCAUCUGCUCAAUUGGUCGGUUGUGAAGUUGACACUGCGUUCUUCAAUGGUAACCAUGCUCCUUUCAUUUCCGUUGAGGCUGCCAAUGUGAGCUCCGAUUCAGAUUACAGAAACGCCGAAUGGGAGACUAUAAUACCCAAAUUUGAAUGCGGUCCAUCUCAGAAACAUUUCUUUGUAAGGGACCAGAUUACUGAAAAGACAUACACUCAUGUGAAGUUGAACAUGUAUCCAGAUGGUGGUAUUGCGAGGUUCAGACUAUACGGUAAAGUUGUUCCAAUCAUUCCACAAGAUUUGUCCAUUCAGUUGGACACUGCUAGUGCAAUCCAAGGUGGUGUGUGUAUUGCUGUCUCCGACCAGCAUUUUGGCUCUGCUGACAAUCUACUCCUCCCGGGAAGAGGCCACGAUAUGUCCGACGGCUGGGAAACCAAACGGUCUAGAGGAGAAAAUCAUAUUGAUUGGGCGAUAAUCAGAUUGGGACAUAAAACUAACAUCAAGAAAGUUACUGUCGAUACUGCACAUUUCAGGGGGAACUUUCCUCAGUAUGUCAAAGUUGAAGCAAUCGAUUCCGAUGUUGAUCCUCUGGUCGAUGAUUCCAAAUGGGAAACGAUAGUUGACAAGUCUAAGACAAGUGGCGAUCUCGAGCAUGAUUACACAGUCACCAAUGAUAAGUCCUACACACAUAUCAAGUUGAUCAUGAUUCCCGACGGUGGUGUUAAAAGAGUUAGAGCUUGGGGAACCUUAACUAACUAA